UCACUUGUGUGCGCUCAGGGUGAUCGGCGAUGCACGGUCUCUGAAGAGCAGCAGUCUCGUCAGUACUGAUGUCCAGAUUCUCAAGUGCAGGCAUCGCCAAUUCCCCGUCUAACCAGCAAAGACUUUCCUCAUCCACUGGCAUUGCUUUGCAUUUGAAACAACUACACCACCAGGUUUCCAGUGCUCGACUCCGGUAUUCAGCAGCUGGCUGAGGCUCAUGAGCUGCGGCAGCUGCUUCGUCCAGUAGCCUGAGUUCCGUCUGUAUACCCGGGCUCAAACAAAUACGGCUCAACAAAGAAAUGCUGUUCCUCCUCAAUUUCAAAGUCUUCAGACAUGUUGGGCUGUCCUUUGCUAAAAGACCGUAGUGCAAAUUAUCUUUUAGCUACUGUGGUUACGUUGUCUCUCCCUGCGGUGCACAUGUCACGUGAUGUAAACACGGGUGAGUAAAGCUCAUGCUUUCGCUGGUCUCACGCAGGCGCGCGGAGCACAGAGAAGCAGUUAGAGCUACAGGCUACAGUGAGGCUAAAAACAGAGUUCAUAUGACGUUUUUUGAAACAACUUUUUAUGUCGGGGCUGCAGCACACUUGGAUCACUAUGGAUGAGCAGUAUGGAGAUACUCUGUGGAUUCAAUUUCGUGUUCUUGGACGUUAGUCUGGGGCGCCGUCUGCCAUUAGGUAUGCUAGCCGCUCCCCUCGCUGAUCUCCGCAAGGGAUGUGAGAACUCUAAAACUUCAUGGCAUAUGGAGAUGCCAGAGACGCCCGGUGAAAGUGUUAGAUGUGAGCAAGCUCAACCACAAUGUGACAACAAGAUUAAACAGCUAGAGGAGCAACACCAUCCUCUUCCUCCUCCUUAUCCUCCUCCUCAGACCAAUGAUGCCUCAGGAAGUCAAUGUUGCAGCAUGGAAGGCAUUAGGCAGAAGCAGCAGAGACCAUCAGUGCUCUGCCAGGUGUCUCAAACAGCUUCCAGACGACAACACAUGCAUCCAAAAAGCAGUGCACCUGUCUCCAUUUGGAAGGAAGGGGUAGAUGCUAGCUGUCUUCCUGAGUCAUCUUCAUCACACAUAGGCUUCUCUCCCAGGCAAAAUCAUCACUUCCUCCCUUUAAGGAGACACAGUCCAAAUCAGAGCUCCAUUGAGGCCACGCCUAAUGAUGGCAUUCCUGAGGGGACCAGUGCUCUAUUUGUGAGUGGCCUCUGCCGCUGGCCUGGCUGUGAUGUGGUGUCUGAAGAUUUCCCUAGUUUCUUAAAGCAUCUCCAUUCUGAACACAGUUAUGGUGACAGAAGCAUUGCUCAGUGGAAGGUCCAGCAAGAUAAUGUUCAGUGCAUGGAGAGUCAGCUCAUCUUGGAAAAACAGAAACUCAUUGCAAUGCAGCUUCAUCUGCACCUAUCUGAACACAAGUACACUGAUUUGGCAGCCUCUGAGUGGCCGUACAGCCUUCCUCUCUUCCUGCCCCAGCCUCAGGUAACAGAUGGAGACAGAGUGCAACAGUGGGGCAUAAAACAUCUAGAGGAGUUUUACCAGCAUGGCUACAGAGCUGCGGGUUCUGCCCACCUUUGUCCAGAUAUGGUCCCCAGUAUUGAAUGUUACAAAUACAACAACAUCAGGCCUCCGUACACCUACGCCUACCUGAUAAGAUGGUCUAUCCUGGAGUCUCCGGACAAACAGCGCACUCUGAAUGAGAUUUACAACUGGUUCACUACCAUGUUCUUCUACUUCAGACACAACACUGCUACCUGGAAGAAUGCAGUGCGGCACAACCUCAGUCUUCACAAGUGCUUUGUGCGAGUGGAGGGAGGGAAAGGAGCUGUGUGGACAGUGGAUGAAACAGAGUACCAGAGGAGGAAGGGCCAGAAGUAUCACAGGGACUGUCCUGUGAAGUGGCUCACAUCCUACCCCCAUUACUGUCCAGAGGACCCCUGAACACCAGCAGAGUCAGUGAGCUGGAGUUACAUUCUCAUGUAGUGAUAAUACAGAGUGUUAAUUUGGAUUUAUUUGAAAAGACAUUUUAAACAUGGCUAUAUAUAAGGCAAAUGUUUUUGUAUUCAAUUAUUUCUAAUGCCAAAAGAAGUGUUGGAAAAUAAAUGAAGUCAACAUGUGUGGGUA